CUUCAAGAUCCGUGUCGAGCUUGAUUGGCACCUUCAAGAUUCGCGUUUCCUUAUAUGGAUUGUGGAUUUAAAUUGCGCUGUCAGUUCCGGUGCCCAGAAACUUCGCUUGCUUUCUCCCUUCGCCGAGGACCGACGGCGGCGCGAUGGUGGGAGGGAGAGAGAGCGGCGCCGGCGCCUCGGCGGGAGAGGUGAUAAUACCGCUGGAGUGGGAGGAGGCGGCGGAGGAGAUAUCGCGCGCCUCCUCCCCUCCGCCGGUGGUCUUCAUCUGCGGGCCCAAGAACAGCGGCAAGUCCACCUUCUCUCGCUAUCUCCUCAAUGUCCUCUUGCCAAGGUACGGGAAAGUGGGAUACCUGGAUACGGAUGUGGGCCAACCGGAGUUCUCGCCUCCGGGAUGUCUCUCGCUUACUCUUGUCGACAAAACUAUUCCAGAUUUGAUGAAUCCGUGCAUCAGAGCAACCGAAAGGUGCUUUUUCUUUGGUGAUGUCUCCUCAAAGAGUGAUCCAAAAGCCUAUUUGGAUUGUACCUUCAACUUGUAUGACUACUUUAUUAGGGUGCAUUAUCAACCAAAUGAACUAAAUCAUCCUGGAAAAGCAUUGCCUUUGAUUAUUAACACUCCUGGAUGGGUUAAAGGCACCGGCUUUGAUCUUUUGGUAGAAAAGUUGAGAUAUAUAUCUCCCCUUCAAGUGGUUCAGAUACGCAUUUCAGUUGAGAGUAAAAAUCUUCCAGGCAGCACAUUCUGGUUGGACAGUGACCAACAAGAACCCCGUAUAUAUCUUCUCAAUUCAGCACGGCAUAACUAUGAAAAUCAAUCUAUAUUAGUUCGAAAGGAUGCUUGCCGUAUGCGAGAUCAACGCCUUUUUGACUACUUCAAGCAAUGCUUUCCUAGUAACCUGAAUAUUUUAACAAAUAAGGAACUUGCUCAUGCUCUGGCUGCUAUUGCUCCUUACGUGGUUCCUUUUGCAAAAAUAAAAGUUGUGCAUCUUCAUUGUCAGGUUCCAAGUAGCGAAAUCUUCCACAGUCUCAAUGCUACAAUUGUUGGCUUGGCAGUUAGUUCUGAUGUACCUGCAAAAUCUCGGUCUGACACACCUUGGUGUGUAGGACUUGGUAUCGUGAGAGCUAUUGAUGCAAUUCGAGGUUUACUCUAUGUGAUUACACCUGUUCCCCUUGGCAUUCUACAAAAGGUUGAUCUUCUUCUACAAGGGUUUAUCGAAAUCCCUACCGGUCUCUUGCAGGUGCGUGGAUGUUUAUCCCCUUACAUGUCGACAAAUGUGCUCCACAAGAUAUCAGAAGAGCAUUUAUAAGGGUUUCCAACUGGGUUUUCCUGCUGAUUACAUGAACUGAAGCACGCACAACAGUUUCAAUUGGUGAUCUCAGUGAUAUCUUGCUCUGCACAAUUUUUUCUCUGGUUCUGUCAACCUCCAGAAGCAAUUUUGAAGAGACUACCGUGAAGGAAGAUAAUCUUCGAUUCUAAAGCUUCGGAAGGACAACUUUUCAUUCGAAAUCUGGUUAUGUAAUUGAGCUCUUGUGAAAGUGUACAAGCAAGAUAAGCAGGACUCAGAACUCUGCCGUGCACACUGCUCCUUUCACACUCAAUAUGCAAGAUAAGCUGCAGACUGAUGCAGUCUACUUUCCCAUGACAUCCAUUCUAAUGGUUAAGGAGCAGAGUGCACGGUAGAGCUCCGAGUCCUGCUUUAAAUGUUUAGUAAGCAUGGAGGUUGCACAAUGUAGUUCUAUAUAGAUAUUGAUUACUUCUACUGUACUCUUC